CAAAACUUUGCAAAAUGCAAAUCGAGUAAAUCAUUAUAACAUUUGGAAUUUCUUUUAUAUUAAUUCAUCAUUGUAAUUCUAAGGAGAGAAUAAAGUUCACUAUUCUAACAUCAAAUUUACUUGAUAUAUUGUGACCAAGUUGCAAAUUUAUUUUCUAAAAUUAUAUAAAAAUAGAAUACUAGACAUUUUAAUAAGUGUCCAAAGGUUGGAAUCAGUGGAGCUCGAUUUUUAUUGUUAUUUCUGUGAGACAUAAUAAAUAGACAAAAAAAUAUUAGCUUGCGGGACAAUCAUUUUGAUUUUUGGCAGACAUUGAUUAGAAAAGUGCAAAUAUUUGCACAUAUUGUUGCUUCUGUAGUAUGUUGAUUCUUUUCUAUAUAAGUUGCUAAUUAGUGAAACUACAGUUAUUUGCAGAUCAAACAUUAGUAAAAGGAAAAAUUAUCACUCUAUUGUCAACCAAAUCAGUAAUUUUAGUAUAUAAGGAGGCCAAAAUUGGGAAUAGGUAUCAGUGCUCCAACAUAUCUCACAAUGUCCAAGCUGGUUUUCUUCCUCUUUUUUGCAGUCUGCGUGGCAGUAGUACAAAUGGCACCAGCUGCUGAAAAUGAAGAUGAUUUAUUCGAUCUAUCACCGGAUUUAGAUGUUGAGGGACGUUUCAAUAUUCCAUGGGAAAAAGGAUGGGCUGUCGUAAAGCCUAUCCUCAAAGAAGCAGGAAAAGCAGCAGGAAAAGAGAUAAUCAAAGGAGUCUCUGAGGGAAUUAAAAAGAAUUAAAGUAUAUUAAUUGUAUAUGUUAGUAAAUAAAUCACAAUAAAUAUUUUUAUGAAAGUG